AUGCCUCCGGACAACAACGGUUUACAUAGUGUACUUGUACAGGGUUCCCUUAUCAAACGUGGUAGCGAGUUUGUGGGCUACGAGCAAGGCCUUGCCUCGAUAGGCAGAUCGUCCGAGUGGACCCGAAUCCUGGGGCCGGUUCAACUUCCAGGUAUGGUAGGAAAUCGAUGGCUUCCGACAUUGCGGUGCACCCCCGAGAGUCAGGAGGACUUUGAUACUAGUGCCUUCAAUCGACGUAAGGCAGACCCUAGGAAGCCGCGUCUCACCAUAAGAAAUAAGCAUAACCUGGAUUCCAUGUUCGAAGAACCCGAAUUUAAGCCUCCUUUGAGCUCCCAAGGGCUGAGGAACUCGGCCCUAGAGAGCCCUCAAUUACUUAAGGUUAUCCCUGAACACACCUCUUGGCUACUGGGACAAAAGAGCUCAUUUACCAGCGCCAUGCUGUUAUGA